AUUUUUCACACGCGCUACGUUGUUCAUCUUCAUCAUCAUACCUUUACAUCCAAAAUCACAGAUAAGACGAAAUUGCGGGAAAUUAAAAUCGAAACCCUAGAGAAAGUGAAAAGAACAGGAAGAAGAUGGUGUUCUACUUCAAGGCUAGGCCAGAGGCUGGAGACUACACCAUUUUCAUGGGCAUAGACAAGUAUGAGAACGAGGAGCUCAUCCAGUUCGGCUUACCGGAAGAUAUUUGGUUUCACGUGGAUAAAAUGUCUUCUGCCCAUGUUUAUCUAAGACUGCACAAGGGUCAAACCAUUGAUGAUAUACCUGAAGGAAACAAAGUGAACAAUGUGGAUGUCGUUUACACUCCCUGGCAAAAUCUGAAGAAAACUCCAUCUAUGGAUGUUGGGCAAGUUGGUUUUCACAGCUCAAAAACAGUUCGGACAGUGAGAGUCGAAAAGCGGAUAAAUGAGAUAGUUAAUCGGCUAAACAAGACAAAGGUCGAGAGACAUCCAGAUUUCAAAGCUGAAAGGGAGGCAGUUAAUGCGGCUGAGAAGGCCGAAAGGAAGCAGCAGACGAGGGACAAAAAACGUCGUGAAGAGUUGGAGAGGCUCGAAAAAGACAAACAAGCCGAGUUAAGGAGCUACAAAAAUCUAAUGGUGGCAGAUAAGAUGACCUCUAACAAGGAUAUAGCCUCUACCAACAAAUCUCUACAGGAACUGGAAGAAGACUUCAUGUGAAAACCCAAAAAAAAAAUCACCAAUUUGUGAAGAAAAUGAUAGUCAUGAGUCCAGUCUGUCCAGAAUGUGAUUUCUGAUGUGUGAUUGCUGUUACCUAUUUGAUGAGAUUUGACAUUACAAUGUCUUGUUAGCUUUCUUAAUACAGCAAAUAUCAUUUACAUCACUAAGAAGCUCAUUUAUACUCGGUUCAUAUGCCCAUUGUGAAACUGAAUGAAAACUCAAAUACGC